CGGGCAGCGGGGUGAGGGCAGGCCCCGGCGACCCUCGCUCCUCGCCUGGCGGGAGCAGCCCCCGCGCCGGACGUCCUUUCCCAGGGAACUUGCAUCUUUAACUGCCUGCCCGUUAGGACCCAUCGUGAGCAUAGUGGCCGCCUGCCGGCUCGGAGGGCACCUGCCCGGGCAGACCCAGAGCCGGCCCCUCGCGGCAGGUGCCUCUUCUCGGUGCUGCCACCCACGCGCCGCGGCCCCGCCGUUGCAGCGAGCUUUGGGUGACAGCUCGCCCAGGGCCUCGUCCCUCCAGCAGAGGAGGCAGCCCUGUCACACUGCGUUCCGGCAGCUGGGAAGACACGCCCACCACUCACAGUAGCCGUCCGACUUAGGGCCUCUCCCCGACAUGCGUGUUCCUGCCGUGCAGAUGGGAAUGGAUAGGGGCAGUGCAUUGGCCGCAGGUGCUCAGGACCGCUUCCCUCUUCACCGUGGGUCCCCUCCUCGCCUGUUGUCUGAAUUCGCCCUGUGUACCAGCUGCUGUUGUGUGCGCUGGACUUUCCAUGCUCACCUGUGCCCUUGGAGAGAGACCCCCUCCACAGGGCUUAUUAGUCCUUAGUGAUAAACAAGAGCCUUCCUACUGUGACUCAUAAGCGUGCCUUGAUUUAAGAUACAGUGUUGACUUGGAGACCAGAGCAAGCAGCACUUUGCAUCCCUCCCUCCCUCCCACAAACAUUCCUUGAGGGCCCGGUAUUGGUUGGACCUCGCUGGAGCUGGGACAUCCCCAUGAAUAAGAACAAGUCAGACAAGACCCCGUCGGCCCUGGGCUUUGGACGGUAUUGACUUUGACCCCGGGGACACCAGGACCUUAGGGCCUGGGAUGUCAUUUCAUGUGAGAGUGAGGGAUGGAAUGAGGGGUGUUCCGUUGGGAAGGGAGAAGGACUGACAGCUGCUCCCCAGUGGAGAGAGGGGUCUUGUGGAAGAAAGGUUGGCGCUGUCCUUACCUACAGGGGCUUGUAUAGGGAAGGCACUCAAAAGAGCUCUGACUUGAAUAUAAGAAGCAUCUUCAGCCCUGGAAAAAGCCUGCCUGCGGAGGGGGAGCUGUACAGCUGUGCUUGGUCCCACGCUGGCUCGGUGGGGACGUGGAUGCAGGCAGCCUGUGGUCCUCAUCUUGCCUCCUGCCCGGCUGUGUACUUGUUUUCAAGUCUUGUUUUACUUAGGAUCUUCUAUGUUAAGUCCCAAUCUGAAGGAGUGGCUGAGGGAGCAGUUUUGUGACCACCCGCUGGAGCACUGUGAGGACACGAGGCUCCAUGACGCCGCCUACGUGGGGGACCUCCAGACCCUCAGGAGCCUGUUGCAGGAGGAGAGCUACCGCAGGACUGAGUUGAGAGGAGAAAUGCCUGCAUGUGGAUAUGAAUCCAAUACCACCUUUGUGGAUAGUUCCCCAAAAAAGGGUUUUUGCCCUGGCUGUGUGGCUCAGUUGGUUGGACCAUCAUCCUGUACACCAAAAGGUUGCAGCCGCAUCAACGAGAAGUCCGUCUGGUGCUGUGGCUGGCUUCCCUGCACACCGCUGCGCAUCGCGGCCACUGCUGGCCACGGGAACUGUGUGGACUUCCUUAUCCGGAAGGGGGCCGAGGUGGACCUCGUGGAUGUGAAGGGACAGACGGCCCUGUAUGUGGCCGUGGUGAAUGGACACCUGGAGAGUGCCCAGAUCCUCCUUGAAGCCGGGGCUGACCCCAAUGGAAGCCGGCACCAUCGCAGCACUCCAGUCUACCACGCCUCCCGCGUGGGCAGGGCCGACAUACUGAAGGCCCUCAUCAGGUACGGGGCUGACGUCGACAUCAACCACCACAUUUUUCCUGACAUCCGGCCGCCCUUUUCCCGGCGCCUCACCUCCUUGGUGGUCUGCCCCUUGUAUAUCAGCGCGGCCUACCACAACCUCCAGUGCUUCAAGCUGCUGCUCCAGGCAGGGGCGAACCCCGACUUCAACUGCAACGGGCCGGUCAACACGCAGGGUUUCUGCAGGGGCUCCCCCGGGUGCGUCAUGGAUGCUGUCCUGCGUCACGGCUGCGAGGCGGCCUUUGUGAGUCUGCUGGUGGAGUUUGGAGCCAACCUGAACCUGGUGAAGUGGGAGUCCCUGGGCCCAGAGUCCAGAGGCAGAAGGAAGGUGGACCCCGAGGCCCUGCAGGUCUUUAAAGAGGCCAGAAGUGUCCCCAGGGCUUUGCUGAGUCUGUGUCGUGUGGCCGUGAGAAGAGCUCUUGGCAAGUACCGACUCCAUCUGAUUCCCUCGCUGCCGCUGCCAGACCCCAUAAAAAAGUUCCUGCUGUACGAGUAGAAGGCAGCGCAGCAGUGGUUUGCAGCGUGGAAGGAGGUGAUCUGCGGGGAAGCUGGACCUGCUUCUUGCCCCUGUGAGCCCAUCCUGUGCUGACAGAUCGUAUUUGGCUGUUGCUAGGCAGGUGGCCUUGUUCUUCUGGAUUGUAAUUCCACCUCAGGUCUUGGACGUCGGACAGUCUCUGGGUCAUUAUCAGCUGAGAGGCUCCUACAGAACUUCAUGUUAUUCUUCCUCAGUGUCUGUUUUGGAUUUUCCCAGCUGCAGAUGGAUGAGUGGGCCUGGAAAUGUGUGCAAGUGCAGACUGUGGUCCGAGAACUCAGCACUUUCCAGAGCUGUGCUUCUGUCUGUGGUUUUACUUCUCAAUUUAAUUGUUUGAUUCAUCUUUCUGAUAUCAAAUGAAAAGGGAGUUUUUGGUAAAAAAGUGGAGUGCAGAAACACAGUUCAUGAACUUGCUGGUUGUCCCUUGCUCCUGGGGUUGACAUGUGACACAUGUCGUUUGCACACCCCUUCCUUGCCAGUUCAGUGUUCUUUCCUUGUGGUGGGGAGUCCUACUGUCUUCAGUCAAGGCUGGUUCCUGGCUGCGAGGAUUGGCUGUGUUAUCUCAAAGUCAGUGCCUGCAUUUGUUUGCAAUCAAAAGAGAUAGCGUCUGCAUUCCCCAGUGCUGUACCUGUUCUGGUACCUGACUGCUUGGCAUCGUGCCACAGGUCCUGAGUUUUCUGCCAUUUCAGUCUGGGGAGCUUGCAGACAUCAUUUGGACCAAGGCCUGCCCAGCAGCAUCCACUGCCAGUUGCAGUGGGAAAAGAGACCUGCAGCGCUGUCUGUCUCCUAGUCCCUGCACACAGCGUGGCAACCACCUGUCCUGGGUGCGGCCAGGCUGUCAGCUGCUGGUGUCAAACACCUGUGGUUGGUGAUUGCUCUCUGGGACCUGAUGUCUUGGUGGUGUUCCUAGAACCUAAGUGGAUAGUGGUGAGGUCAGGUCUCCCCCUGGCCUGCUGGGGUGGUGGUAGGUGAGCGAAGUGAGUGGGUUGUCAUCUGACAUCUGGGCUGUGGGUGGGGCUCGCUCUCACACCUGGGCCCUAAAGGAGGAGUUUCAGGAGUGGUGCUUAGCUUACCUUUCAGCUUUUCCAAUCCUGGGUCCCCUUUUUCUGCUGCCUGUUUGACUCAGGCGCUCUCCAGGUGAGCCAUGCUGCAGAGUUAUGUGUGCUUUGCGCCUGCCCUGCUGGGUGUUGUCUGCAGGGCCUGUUGAGGGCACAGCUCCCCAGUGCUGUCCUAGGUGGAGGGUGGCUGUGUUCGGGGCUUUCUGGAAAGCAGCCCCUGGGAUUGCUGCCAGCCCAGGAGCCCCCACGUACAGGCAUGACCUUCCGGCUGCACGGGGCUGGGCUCAGCUCUUCCUUUCCGGAGGACAGGUUGCUCCCUGGGUUCAGCUAGCGUCAAGUGAGUUUUUGCAGAAUCCCUACGAUUUGGAGGUCAGCCUGCCUGAAACUUCAUAGCUGCCAAACAUGAGCCUGAGGACGGUGUGAACAGUCAGUUGCUUCAGGCCCCUCUGCUUGUUUAGAGUGACACUUUACUAAAGCUCCUUGUCUUUUGUUGGCAAGAGUGGGCUACGGAAUAGGAACAACAACUUUCUGUCACAGCACUCUAUACAAUCAUGUUUCUAAGCCCUGGGCGUCCAAGAGCUGAGGCUACUGCCUGGCCGGCCCAGAGCCUUCCCCAGGAAAGGGCACAGGCAACCAGUGGGAAGGAGCCGAGCCCCCAGCCUAGGCCGUGGCACCUCUGACUGUCUCCGUAGUCCUGAGCUCUGGGCCGUGCUGCUGUGGACAGACGGGCUGGGGUGGGCAUGGGUGGGGGCAGCGUUGAUAACUCCGAGAAUUCAGCUCUGGCACCUGGGUGAGGUGUGGAAUGUAUUUCCCAAGCCCACCUGUGUCACGUUUGUGCCUUUUCCUGUUGUUUAUUUAUAUAUUUAUUUAUUUAUUUAUACCUGGCUUUAUUCCGGAAAAGUGUUUAAGGCAGAGAUACUUUAGUUUUGAUGUUCAGUUUUGAAAUUGGAUAAGUAUUAGUCAGUGUGUACUUGUUAAACAGAUACUUUUAAGAAGAAAGGACAGUUAGCAGUUUCCUAAUGUAGAAUAUGUUUCUGUUAUCAGGGCUAGGUGCCAUCAUUUUAAGUUUUUUUCAUCUUCCAUGAAUUGAUUCUGCAAGUGAAUGUUUCAUGCAGAAGUAGGAAGAGGUACAGCAAGCACAGGACUGAGCAGAGCUUGCCCUGCCCCGGAGUAGCCUCUGUGCCUGGGCAGGCCCGUGGGCGGGGAGGCUGCGCUGAGCGAGGCUGUGCCUUCCCCACAGGGCUUACAAGGAGAAUGUGUGGGAAGCACUUCGUACUUGAGCAAUCCCUGUCACAUGUCAGCUGCUAUCCUGGUGACUGUGGCCCCUCUCACCAGUGAGUGAUGAUGAUGGUGCCGUAAGGGCCUGGGACCUUGGGGAUCAGGCUUGACUUUGUGUCCCCUGGGGCUGAGAGUCCUGGGGUCCACACCUAGGUCUUGGGCACAGUGGGCUCUGUGCAGGUCGGAAGUAUAACUUAGAAAGUCCA